GGAGAUGGAGUAAAAAUCUGAGGCGGGAAGCAGAAGACUUUGGCAUCUGUAGCCCUCAGCCAAAUAAGUCCCACAGGUGUUUAGCGCAUUCCAGCACAUCAGAAAUGUUCUUAACACCUUUACUUCAUGUUCUGGCUAUUUGCAAUGUAUGUAGGAUCUAAAGAUAGAUGCCUCUUGCGUCAGUUCCCACCUAGUUAGCUUCAUGCAAUUUACUACACGUCAGAAUCCAUAUUUGGAAUCGGUUUCAUUCAAUCAAUUGUUCAUUUUUCCUUUUCUUUUGCUUCCACUAUGGAGAUAUGGUAGUGUAGAUGAUCAAGUACAUAGAUUUCUCUACUGCUUUACAGAAAAAUUAAAAAUAAUUGAGGUUGCCUGUAAGUAGCGUUAGUAAUCAUGUGCAAAGAGAAGCCAGCAUGACCCAGAGAAUGGUAGGGCAUUCUAGGAGGGGCUGUCCAAGAAUGAGGACAUACUGGCCAGGCUGGAAUUCCCUGAAGCCAAGAGAAACCUGGCCAACCUGCUCUGAAACUGUUGAAUAUCUUUAUUAUCAGCAAGUAGAUGAAAGUCAAGCAAAAAGAAUGCAGACGUCAAAGGGGAUAAGAUCAGGAUCAUCCAGCAAAAACUUGUUCUUUAAGGUACAUCAGGAGGACUUCGACUCCUGAAUAGAGUGCCUGGAGGAGACCCACCAUGGCACAGGUGUGUCAGCCUUCAUUCCUAUUUGCAGCUUUUGUGCUCUAUAUAGCCUUCUUUGUAGCCAGAGUGGAAGGGGCAUCGUGUCCCGCUGCCAGGAUUAAUGUUUCCGAAGUUUGUGAAGAUGUAGAGAGCAUUGAUGUCAAAAUAUCUGCCAACCUUACUCACCUCGUUUGUGACAAUCUUCAGAAUCUCAGUCAUGUUAACACCACCUUUAUAGUUCAAGCCUUGGAAUUCACCCUGAGGAAAAAAUAUGACCUUCCAGUCAGUAUAGUCAGAGUCCUUCUAAAUCAAGUGGAUGGGGAAGAGCUGAUCAAUGCACUGGAGGAAUUUAAUGAAAAGAUUGUGAACUCUUCCUUAAUUUCCAAUCAAGCGAAAAGUGCCAUCGUGAGAGCUUUGUGGGAUGAGAAGCUAAGAAACGAAGAUCGCUUCAAUGAGACUGCCUUUGUGACGUCCUGGUUCCAGAAAAGACUUCGUCCUUUUAUCUCGGGAAUUUCACCAGAGAUGCUCCAGUGCCUUCACAAUGAGACCAUGCAGUGCGAGCAAUACCAGGCGAUUGUUAAAGGAUUAGAUGCAGAAUUUAUGAAGAUGAAUCAUCACAUCCAAUACGAAGUUUUCCACUCAUUCCAACUUCCUUAUUUAAGGGGACUGAAUGCUAGUGCCUCCUCUCUUCAAUGCUAUGCUUCAAACACCAAUUUUUGGGUGUUUCUAGAAGAGACCUUUCAGGGUUUUAUUGACUUCCUGACUUUGAAGGAUCUGGAAACUUUGAUUCCCUCCUCUGACCUCCAAAAGAUUGUGAAUACAGUUCCAGCAGAUGAUCUGGCUGAUCUGUUUUCUAGAGAGGGAUUCAUUGAUGAUGAUCCUUUCUUGACUGCUGUGUUAAAGAUCUAUAAUAAAACUGGUUUAUUUAUUGACAGACUUAACCAGAAAAAUAUUAUUGACAUUCUUCCAAAUGGCACCAAGGUGGCUCUUUUGGCUGGGCUCUGGCCCAGCGUGGUUUCUAGCGGCCAAGAGACUGAGGUGUCCUUGUGGCUGGAUAGCCGCUUGGCUCAUUCCUUCAUGUUUCUUAAUGGUGACAUGUUGAAUGCUAGUGAGACCUUGAACACCAGCUGUGGGAUAUUCCAAAAAAUAGUGAACAAACUGAAUGAAAAUAUUGUGAUGUUCAAAGACAAGGACAAAGAAAUGUACUUUUCCAUCAAAGCUUAUCUGACUGCAAGCAAAAGCAGACCCCGAUGCUACAAUCCCAGCAAUCCAGAGAGGUCCAGUUGGCUUGCGAUGUAUCUUGGGAACUAUAUUUGUUAUAGCAGUGCCAGAGACAUGCGCUUAUUCACAAACAAAAGUGCUGCCAUAUUUCAAGAUCUUGCUUUUAACCGAAACAAUCUGGAGCUAAUCAAUAGAAAUAAAAUCCGUAAAGAUUUGGCAGAAAUGUAUGCUACAGCGUUAUUUAUGGUUGACUCGGAUUUCAAUCUUGACAGCCUUCCAGAUCAACUCACUUGUUUUGCGCAACACUCCACCUUGAUCUCUCGUCUGAGCCCUGCAGAGGCCUUGAGCUUCAUUGCCCGGGUCAACCAACAUUGCAGCUCUUCCAACCCAUCCGCCUCUGACCGCCAGCUUGCUCAUAUGCUUGUGGCUCAAGUCAAGACAUUUGAUAAACAGACCUUGAUAGCUUUGGGGCAGCAAGCAAUGGGGCUCACCAUGGGUCAAAUUUCAAAUCUAACAGCACAAGACCUAGUAGAUCACAAGGUUUUGGAAUCACUUGGCCAGGUCAAGGGCUGGAACAGAGGACAAUCCCAGAUUCUGGUAAACAAGAUCCUGCUCAAUUACAAGCUGGACACAGUUGAGAAAUUUGUGCUUCUCGGUACCCUGGCAGAAGGCUUGCCGGGUAACAGUUUUGACACCAUGACAGUCAGUUUUGUAGUUAAGCUGGCCAAGAAUGUGAGCUUUCAGACAGCUUUCAGAAAAAGUCCUGAUCAUGUGAAGAAGACCUUUGUCAGCAAGAUCCUCUCAAGUUCCUCCUCUCUUGAUGACAUCUUAAAUAAUGUUCCAGAUGAUUUAAUUGAAUUUGUUCCCAAUUCACUGCUGGUGUUUGGAGGCCAGAUUCCAGAUCUCCACAAAAUCAAUGAGAAACUGUGGUCUCCACAACAGGCAGCAGUCAUGUUUGGAGAUAUCUUCACCAGAAUUGAGAACUACACAAUGCUUUCUCCAUUCAUCUUGCAAGGCUUUCAGUGUGAUGUGGCAAGUAAACUAAUACCUGGGCAGCUCUCCUCCUUAGUCCAAGAAGUGAGGCGUCAAAAGGCCAAUUUGAGUGAAGAACAGCUCUCCUGCAUGGCCAGACUUCUCAUCAAAAGCAACCUGACCACAAAUCUCAGCAGCUACCCAGCAGAUGUUCUGCUUUUUUUCCCCGUUAGUAAAGUAGAACAUCAAAGCUGUGAAAUGUUUUACACUUUGGCUUCCCAAGGGAACCUAAGUUUAUUGGCCAAUGGAUCAUCCCAGCGGACCAGACUUUUGGAGAAUGCAUUGCAUUGUUUUGGAGUAAAAAAUACUUCACUCAGCAAAGAGCAGCUCCAAAAGCGGGGAGUCUUUGUGUGUGACAUGAAGCCAUCCACCAUCACAGACUCCGACCUGGCAAUCCUGGAGAAUUUGAAAGAGUGUCCAGAUCUCACAGCUGCUCAGAUUACAGCCCUCAGGAUGCUCCUGGCCAGUGGGAACACCUUAUAUGGAUCUCCUGCCUCCUGGGAUGAAACAACCCUUGAAGACCUUGGGCCUCUUGCUUUCUACAUAAAUCACACGAUCUGGGAUUCCAUUAACAAGGAAGAAAGGAUGAUCUUCUUCAGAAAGGUGAUGGAUGGAUACAACAGCCAAAGAGCUUUUCCAAAGGCAAAAACAAUCCUCUUCUUAAAAUCGGUUGGAUCUAAGGCUGCUUCCGCUCCUAGAACUAAACGGGCAACUGAAACUUGCCGGUCUGCUCCCAUCACCAGCAGCAACCUAGAAGAUCCACUUUUCAUAAUUCGCUAUGACAGUGCCCAGCAGUUGGAUGCAUGCCUGAGUGAUGAAGUCGUGAAGGCCAACCUGGCUCUUCUGCUUGAACAACCCCUCCCGAAUGACUACGUGGCCAUAGUUAAAAAGAAGUUAGACAAGAGCUACCCGGAUGGGAUUCCAGAAGAUCAGUUGAGAUUGCUUGGCUUCCUCUCACGUCAGUACAGCACAGAUGAGAUUGGCAGUUGGAACCUCACUUCCAGUGACACCCUGGCUGCUCUUCUGAAUCCAAACGAUGGUGCCUGGGAGAUGCCACAGCUCAGGCGACUGGUUUCAAGAUAUAUGGAACCGGGAGGCUCACUCACUGGUCCCUUAUUGGACAUGCUGGGAGGCAAAUACCUGUGUUUUCUGGAUGAAGAAGAGCUGCAGGAAAUCAACCCAGCAUCCAUUAGGAGUGCUGAGAAGUUAGAUAUUUCCACUUGUGCUCAAGAGAAGAAGGAUAUCCUGUACCAAAAGGCCCACACUGCAUUUGCCAACCAAGAAGAAACACGUGCCUAUUAUCCUCUUAUCCAGCCAUAUCUAGGAGGAGCUCCUGUUGAAGAGCUGAAAAAGCUGGCUAGAUCUCAUGUUGGAAUGGAUAUUGAUACAUUUAUUAAUUUAAAUCCGGAAGAAGUGAAGAAACUCCGUGUCCAGGAUGUGAAAGAUCUGCUUGGUGUUAAUUUGCCCAACUUGACAGAAGUUGAAAACCACCCUUCUGUUGCCAUGUGGAUCAAGAACAACUUUCAGUCUGAACUGGAUUCCCUUGGAAUUGGCCUGGUUGGAGGCAGGGCGUCUGUGUUCUCCACUUCUAUGGGCAGCACUGUGUCAAGUAUAUCUCUUAGUACAAAAUCUGAUGAUGCAUUCACUGCCACCUCCCCUGUUAUCCCGAUCAUGGAAUCAACCUUAUCUAGCCCAGGCAACAUCAAUGUUACUACCCCUAGCACUCGUUCUGCCUCCUCGGAUUUGAACCCAUUCAUUUCUAGAGGUGCUACUGAGUCCUAUUCAACUCCUGUCUUCAAAAUCACUUUUAUGAUUAAUGAAAUCUCUCCUUCCAUUAACAAUACCCAGACAACUUUUUCUGAUACAAUGCCUAAAGAUGCUUUCCCCACCAAUAUCUCUUCCAGCGUUAGAGCUGAUACUAUGGAUGGGAGAAGAAAUACACUUGUCCCCACUGAAAUUACAAUAGAUUCCAACAAUACCACAACCAGUAGAACAGACUUUCCUGUAAGUGGAAUCCCAGCCCCUUUCAUUGCAAGAGGGAUCAACGCAACGACUUCUAAUGAACAUAUCAUAAAUUCUAGCAAUGUCACCGGUAAUAGCACAGCCGCUCCUUCUGUCCCCACGAAGUCCUUUGUUUCAGUCCCAACUGAAAUUGUAGUUCCCUCUUUGAACAUCACUGCUGCUUUCAAUGAAACCGGUGGCACACCAGUCCCUCCCAUCUCUACCAUUGCCACCGAUUUCAAUAGCAGCACAGCCAGUAGAACAGUCCUUCCUUCUGUACCAACAGACUCAGUCACUGUUGUCCCCACCACUUCCUUAAAUGUCACAGCUGUUUCAGAUGGAACAUUAUUCCGUAGCCCUGCAAGAUAUCUCAACGCAACCGUCUUGAGUAAACUUGUAACAGAUUCUAACAGUAGGACAGUCAGUGCCCCAGUUGUUACUACCACUCCCUUAGAUUCCACCACGGUUGUUAUCUUCAAAACCAGAGCUAUUUCUUAUAAUGUUUCAGUAACUUCAAAUUAUACCAUCAAAGACACUCUUUCCCCUUAUAAUGCAACAAGUAGCAAUGCGAUCCCUUCUGUUGAAACAACAGUAGCUUCUGAUGGCAACACCACAAACAAUGACCCAGCAUUUCCUAGCCCUGUUAUAGUUGGAUAUGGAACUGAUGGUCUCAAUGUAACUGUUUCUCACUCACCCUCUGUUGUCAUAAACUUCACUCUUGGUGCAAAUACAAGCACACCCAGAACUUACUUCACCUCUGUCAUGUCCAGUAUAACCAGAACAUCUUCUGAGCGGCUUUCAACACCACCUAAGCACACACUGGCUACAAACCCAGCAUUGGUCAGCAAAAACCCCAUAACAAUUACAGACAAACAGCCAACUGCAUCAAGCAAAAUGACUUUCCAUUCCCAAGAAACCUCUCCCAAGACAGCUAUUCCUCCACUAUCCUCCCCAAAUCGAACAACCUCAAAGGCGGCUACAGCUAUCCAGAGAAACAGCAGCAGCAGCAGCAGCAGAGCAGAUCUACCAACAAAACCACCUUCGUAUCCAACUCCAAAUGGCUACAUUAAUGUGAAACCACUAAGUGCAUCAGCUUUAAACACAUUACUCAGUUGGACAGUUCUGGCAGUGUCUCUCACCAUUGGAAUCCCAAUUCAGAAGUUUCUCUAAAAAUAUGGUUAUCUCAACCCCACCUUAACAAUUAUUGGUGAUGGUAUCCGUAAUACUUUCAAAAUUCUACUGCAAAAGCCAUAUGGACUCUUGGAAAGAUAUCAGCGCUACGUAGACUAUGUCUAAGUGGACAGGUGUCAAACUUUAUAUAGAAAAUCAUUGCACCAUUAUUGCUUGAAGAUGAAACUGCAUUUAUUGUCCCUUUCCUGUGCCCUAAUUGGUUAUAUUAGUUGAACAUAACAUGGUCAUAUUUCCAAUGCAUGGAGAUGCUACCUUUCCACUGGAGUUUCUCAGUUCUGAGUGGAAGCAACUUGAAAUUUAUUUUUUCAGCAUCUGUCUUGGCACCUGGAGUUUAGCAGCAGCAGCAAAACUAUUUGAUUCCCAGCAAAAAGAAGAAAAGGACUAUUGAUUCAGAUGGAUUUUCUAGAUGUACCAACUGACUGUAUCCUGCGUUGGAGACCGGCUUCAAUAAUUGCAGGUGGUCCUUGACAUGGCCACAAUUGAGCCCAAAAUCUCUGUUGUUAAGUGAGACAUUUGUUAAGUGAAUUUUGCCCCAUUUUAUGAUCUUUGUUGCCAUAAUUGUUAAGUGAAUCACUGCAGUUGAUAAGUUAGUAACCUGGUUGUUAAAUGAAUCUGGUUUCCCCAUUGACUUUGCUUGUCAGAAGGGGAUCCCAUGAUCCUGGACACAGCAACGGUCAUAAGCAUGAACCAGUUGCCAAGCACCUGAAUUUGGAUCACAUGUUCCUGGGGGUGCUACAAAGAUAAGUGUGAAAAAUUGUCAUAAGUUACUUUUUUCAGUGCUGUUGUACCUUUGAAUGGUCACUAAAUGAACUAAAUCAAAGAGUAUCUGUACUGCCAAAGAUCUAAGCAAAUGCACAUCUCUAGUCCAGUAUUUGAUUCUGAGGUUGUUUGCUUUAUCUCUUUUAUGAACACUUCUGGUUUGUCCAUGUUGAGAAAAUGCUUAGCCUCUCAGCAGAAUGUUAUGUCACAGCCAGCUGUGGUCCUGCUGUUUCAUAAGGUAUAUGCGGGAAAGAAGAUUGCCCAAGUAUUUGAGGGCUGGGAUUAUUUGACACCACAAUUCUCUGGCUUUUAGUGCUCUGAUGAUAUCUCCUCGGAUGUCCCUUGCCAUUUACUAGCUUCAAAUUUCAAACCAGUUAUUUUUCUCAAAUUGAUCUGGAAGCAAUCAUUCGUAUCCUCUGAAUUUUGCAUCAUCACAGAAGAAUUUAAAUAGAACUUUUCAUCUUGCAAUUAAGUAAUUAGAGUUUAGUUAAAUCACGGCUGCAGACUGCACAGCCCUGGAACUGCCUGCCCUAUUCAGGUUUUGAUAAAUUGUAUGUUUUGGCAAGAGAAAAGAAAUGUUCUUAAAUAUAUAGGGAAUAGUUGUAUAAGAUAGAUUCAAUUAUUUUCAUUUCAAUAAGCUUACUUUUUAAAUCAUUUAGCCGUAUUCUGGCCCUGCCCACUCAUCUUAAGUAGAGUCCCUAAUGUGUCUGUCACUCAAAGUCCAAAUGCAUGCUCAGAUACUCCCUUCUGCAUCCCCAAAGAUUGUGCAUUUGAUUGUGCAUCACAGGAAGGAUCUGAUCCUCAUGAAAACGAAGUUUGGUUAACAUGAAAUGGAUUGGGAGUGAGGGGAGGCAGGAAUGGGUGUUUCCCACAAAUUCCAUAUACUGAAAUAGCAUUUUCUCACAAAAAUCUGCCAAUCAGAUGGCUUUAGUUAUGCACCUGGAAGCUGUGCAUUUAUGGGAUUUCACUUGAGUAAUUUAGUCCAGAGGUAACUGAAAGCACAUUAGGAUAUAUGUUCUGAAAUGAAUAUAGUAAACCAUUUAAUCUCACUUUACUGGCUGCUAGGCUCCCAGAUUUCCCUCUUCCUAAAUCAUUCACACUUGUGACUUAUAUGUUAUAUUAAUCUUUAUAUUGGUGAUUGGAUUUAAAGUUUAUACUUCCCUAUUUGCUGGAAUGAUUUGUUAGAGCUUCUAGGUUGAUCAAAUGUCCUUUGUAUUGAUGAGGCUGUCCCAAGAGAAAUGAUAGAGGGCCACUUCAGAGAGCCAAUGGAAAUGAGAUUAGUGCCAAGGGAAUUUCUACAUGAAGAGUGUCUCAAAGAGUAAUGACUGUAUUUGCAUGACACCUUUGUCAGAGUAAAACAUAUCUAUUCAUGGUUAACUAUUAAUCUUAAUUUGUAUGACUCAGUCUCUCUUUCUCUAUCUC